AUGAUGGCGAUGAGCAACAAUGAUGCCUCUCAUUUCUCUUUCGGCCCUGUUGCCUUCUUCUCCCUAGUAAUCGGAACUCCCAUGCACUGUUCUCAAUUCUUUAGCCUCGUAGCUACAGCUACUGUGGCAUGGGCACUCCUGCUUCAGGUUGAUACCGGAAGUCCUGGCCAUGAGUUAAGCCCUUUGCUCCACGGUCUUAUGUUUGAGGACAUCAGCAACAGCGGCGACGGAGGCCUCUAUUCACAGCAACUAAGAAAUAACGCAUUUCAAGGCGGUGUGACUACCGUCGACCCCUGGACAGUUCAUUAUGGCGCGGCGGAAAUUUCCCAUGAUACCCAAACACCACUGACCGACGCCAUCACUUCAUCCCUCAAAAUUACAAUCCCCACCGGCGCUGAUGGAUUUACUGGCGUUGCGAACCCUGGCUACAGAGGCAUCAUCGUGAACGGCGGGUACUACAAUACCACUUUCUGGCUUCGUGGUGAUUUUCAGGGCGAUGUCAAGAUCCGCCUUCUAAGCAAUGAGACUGAUGUCGAACAUGGCUGGGCUAUCAUUCCCGUCGACUCCAAGGCCGAUUCAUGGACGCGAUAUGAAGCCGGAUUCUGGACGACAGCCGCCGCCGAUGGGAACAAUCUCUGGGUUUUCGAGAUCUUGGCGGAGACUCUGACUAGCGGAAGUAUCAAUCUUGGUUACCCGACCUUGUUUCCUCCUACUUUCAAAGGUAGAGAAAACGGCUUGACAGUCGAUCUGUCCGAAGCCAUCGUAAAUCUCAAACCCCAAUUCCUGAGAUUUCCUGGGGGUAAUAACCUGCAAUCGACUGAUGUUUUUGACACUUAUCUAGGGACUUGGGGAUAUGUCAACACUGACGGCCUUGGCCUCAUGGAAUACUUCCAGUGGUGUGAGGAUAUGUCCUUGGAGCCUAUCCUGGACGUAUGGGCUGGUCUCGGACUUGCGGGACUCCCACCAUUAGUAGGAGAUGAGCUUGAGCCGUAUGUUGAGGACGCAAUCCGUGAGAUUGAGUUCGUCAUUGGUGACAUCGACACGUCUGGCGGGGCACUUCGCGCGUCUCUCGGACACCCAGAGCCGUACCAGCUCAACUUCGUCGAGGUUGGGAACGAAGAUAACCUCGCCGGCGGCUGUGAGUCUUACAAGCAGCGCUUUGUGCAAUUUUUCGAUGCCAUCAAAGAAGCAUAUCCGCAGAUAACUGUCCUUACCUCCACGUCUGACCGAGCCUGUCUGCCGGACCCAAUUCCCGAAGGCGCAUGGCUUGACUUCCACGACUACAAUGUGCCGGAGAAUUACAUCAACGCAUAUGACUUUUAUGACGACUGGGAUCGCGCUCAUCCUGUGUUUAUCGGUGAAUAUGCCAGGUGGGGCGUCAAAUGGUCCGAUAUGCGAGGUGCCUGCUCCGAAGCAGUCUAUAUGAUGGGUUGGGAGCGCAACGCAGAUGUGAUCAAACUAGCUGCCUACGCACCUACACUACAGAAUUACGACCCUGUCAACGGCCAAUGGACGCCCAACCUUAUUCCCUUUACUAACAAACCCGAUGGCAUCGUUUAUACUCCAUCUUAUCACGUCAAAAGGAUGUUUGCUAAUAAUCAUGGCGAUGUUGUUGUCCCCGUUACAGCUGAUGCAGAGCUCAACCCUGUCUGGUGGGCAGCAAGCAUGAAAGGAGAGGGCCAAGUAAUCGUAAAACUCGCCAACUAUGCUUCCAACUCGACCGAGAUUCGCAUACAAAUCCCUGGAAAGGCAGACGUUAAAGGAUCAUUUACCUCAAUCACUGCCAGCCCUGAUAAUGCUAACUCAGUCGAAAACCCCACGCUCGUUUCCGCGCCCGCUGUGCUGGAAGUUUCUGCAGACCCUCACGGUGUUUUUACCAUCGAACUGGGGCAGUUCGGCGUUGGUGUACUCGCAGCCUGA